UGCCGGGUGUUUGUUUUUGUUUGGUUUAGAUUUAGUUUUGGAUCAGUUUUCUGUCUUUCAUCCUUUGUUUCUUUUAUCUGCUCACCCGACACUGUACCAUACAACUACACAGUAGCAUACAAGCUGACAUAAUACAGUCCCACCCCUUACCUAACUCAGCACAAGAAGAUCACAUAAGCAGCACAACUCCCCAGCACUCGGGCUCUUCCGCUGGUCACACUUCCGCUCGGCGGCCCUCGCCCUUCGCGCAAAAGCCCACAUUCGAGAUCUCCGCCGCCUCUGCCAAAGCGCGUCCGCCACGCGUCUGCUUUGUACACAACGCGUCUGCCCGUCUUCUCCUCGCGGUCUUGUUUACUUCGCACCAUCCAUCUCUCUUCCUCCUCCCUCCACCUUCCUGCCCUCCCGGCACCGUCCCCGCCACCCCCGGGACCACCCCCCUCCCUUAGUCAUUAGCCCCCAUGAACGCGAACCCUCCCCAGCAGGCGUUCGCCCCCCAGCCUGCCAUGCCCAUCCCCACCACCCGCGAGGGCGUCCAGCAGAUGCUCAUGCGCUGGCAAACCCUCAAGGCCCAGGGCGCAGAAGAGGCAAACAACCCCGAGUUUGCAAACAUAUCAAAAGUCCUUCGCGUCAUCUCCCGCCAGCAGGAGCUCUACAAGCAGCAGCAGCGCCAGAUGCAGCAGCAGCAACAACAGCAGCAGCAGCACGAGUCCAUCCAGCAACCUCACAAUGAUAUCCAGCAGCAGCAGCAGCAGCAGCAGCAGCAGCAACAGCAACAACAGCAGCAGCUACUCCAGCAGCAGCAGCAGGCUCAGAUGCAGAUGCAGCUCCAGCAAAUGCAGUACCGCCAGCAGCAACAACAGCAACAGCAGCAGCAGCAACAGCAACAGCAGGUCUCCCAGGCUCCCAUGACUGCCCCCGUAAGCUCGCAGUCUCUUCAGAUGCCUCUCAAUGGCCCUAUCAAUGCCUUCAACCCGACCCCACAGAUCACCCCCAAGCCUGCCGCGGCCCUCGCUUCUGGCUCACCCAACUCCAGCGUCACGCCUCCGCCCAACAGCCCCUUCACGGCCGAGCAGUUGCAGAUGCUCCGUACGCAGAUCACGGCCUUCAAGCUAAUCUCCAAAAACAUGGUCAUCCCACCGCAACUGCAACAGCAGCUCUUCGCUCCUCUCCGCCAGCUCCAACAGCAGCAGCAACAGCAGGUUCAGCAGCAACUGCCUCUCCAGUCGCCAUCUUCUGCUAUACCCGCAACUGCUGCGCCCAUGCCCUUCGCUCCCGCUGCUCCAACAUCCCCAAUGGGCCAGCGUGCAGUGCCGGUCUCUGGCGCGCAGUCUUCGCCUCUCGCCGCGCCGCCCGCCGCCGCUGGUGCUCCCUCGUUGGCUCCCGCUGCUGUCAUUCCUCCUACCGGCACCGCCGUCCCUCCAGGCGCGGUCCCUGCUGCCGAAGACGGAGCGGCGACGCCGGUUCCUGGGCCAAAGGCCGUCGGUCAGAAGUAUGAGAUCUCGUCGCCAUAUCUGCAAGUUCAGCAGCCAAUCCCGUACAUGAACUUUGUAUCUCGGCAGAACCGCCUUCUGAUCCCGUCCAUCAUGCCGACCGGAGUCGACAUCAUUCAAGUCAAAGAGGCAAUGGAGCAGGCUGUCCGCAACCGCGUCGCCACGAGAAUCACCGAGCUCGAGAACUUCCCGGCCAACAUCUCUGGAUUUGACGCCAAGGAUCUCAGCUCGGAACUCGAUCGGGACUCUGUCGCAAAGGCCAGCGAACACUCCGAGAAGAAGAUCACUAAUGGCUUUGCCGUUAACGGAGACGAGCCUACGAAUGGCGAGGACGUUGACAUGAUUGAUGCCGACGAAGGCGAAAAGGAGGCUGACGAGAAGCUCAAAGAGCCCUCGGUCGAGACCUCGGUCGAGUUGCAGAAGCAGGCUCCAGAGACGGUCGCGUCAGAGGAUAAGCUCAAGGUCCGAGCAUUGAUCGAGCUCAAGUCUCUGCGCAUGCUCGCAAAGCAGCGCGAGCUCCGCAGCCAGGUGCUCAAGACCGUUGUGCAUUUUAACAACCUGGCCAUGACUGCCUCGCGUGCCUCCUUCCGCCGACUGAAGAAGCAGAAUCUGCGCGAAGCCCGUCUGACCGAGCAACUCGAAAAGCAGCAGCGUGCCGAGCGUGAGAAGCGCGAGCGCCAGCGCAACCUCGAGUACCUCGUCGGUGUCUGCAACCACGGCACCGAGAUUCUCAAUUCCGCGCGCGCGCUCCAGGCCCGGCGACAGAGACUCGGCAAGGCCGUUCUUGCUUACCACACUCACACCGAGCGCGAGGAGCAGCGCCGUGCCGAGCGUACCGCGAAACAGCGUCUGCAGGCUCUUAAGGCUAACGAUGAAGAGGCUUACAUGAAGCUUCUCGAUCAGACCAAGGACACGCGUAUCACGCAUUUGCUCCGACAGACAGAUUCGUUCUUGGACUCGCUCGCGCAGGCAGUCAAGGAUCAGCAGCGCCAGACUCGCGACGAGCGUAUCGCUGGCGGCCAUGCUGUCGACGACCUCAUCGAAGACGAGGACGGAGAACAGACUCUUGACUACUACGGAAUCGCGCAUCGUAUCCAGGAAACUGUUACGAAGCAGCCCGGCAUCUUGGUUGGUGGCACUCUCAAGGAGUAUCAGAUCAAGGGUCUUCAGUGGAUGGUUUCGCUUUACAACAACAAUCUCAACGGCAUUCUUGCCGACGAGAUGGGUCUUGGAAAGACUAUCCAGACCAUCUCGUUGAUCACUUACCUUAUCGAGACCAAGCAGCAGCCGGGACCGUAUCUCGUCAUUGUCCCGCUCUCGACACUCACAAACUGGAACCUGGAGUUUGACAAGUGGGCACCCAGUGUUCGCAAGAUCGUGUACAAAGGUCCGCCCCUUGCUCGCCGAGCACAGCAGGCUGCCAUCAGAGCCGGUGAUUUCCAGGUCUUGCUCACAACUUACGAGUACAUUAUCAAGGAUCGCCCGGUGCUGAGCCGAAUCAAGUGGGUGCAUAUGAUCAUCGAUGAAGGUCAUCGUAUGAAGAACGCGCAGUCCAAGUUGAGCAGCACGCUGACGCAGUACUACCACUCUCGUUUCCGCCUGAUUCUCACUGGUACUCCUCUGCAGAACAACCUUCCUGAGCUCUGGGCUCUGCUCAAUUUCGUGCUACCCAAGAUUUUCAACUCGGUCAAGUCAUUCGACGAAUGGUUCAACACCCCAUUUGCAAACACCGGUGGCCAAGAGAAGCUCGAGCUGUCGGAAGAAGAGACUCUGCUUAUCAUCCGUCGUCUGCAUAAAGUUCUGCGACCAUUCCUUUUGCGCCGUCUUAAGAAGGAUGUCGAGAAGGAUCUGCCGGAUAAGGUCGAGAAGGUGAUCAAGUGCAAGAUGUCGGCGCUGCAGAUGAAGCUCUACGAGCAGAUGCUCAAGUACAACGUUCUGUUUGUGGGCUCGAACCUCGUUCCUGGCGGAACAGGAACAAAGUCCGGUCUGAAGGGCCUCAACAAUCAGAUCAUGCAGCUCCGCAAGAUCUGCAACCAUCCGUUUGUGUUUGAGGAGAUUGAGAACCUGAUCAACCCCGACAAGCUGACGAACGACGAUCUGUGGCGAACGGCCGGAAAAUUCGAGCUUCUGGACCGCAUGCUGCCCAAGUUCCGCGCGACAGGACAUCGGGUGCUGAUGUUUUUCCAGAUGACGCAGAUCAUGGACAUCAUGGAGGAUUUCCUGCGGUUCCGCGGACUGCAGUACCUGCGUCUUGAUGGUGGUACAAAGUCCGAAGAUCGAUCGGAGCUGCUCAAGCUGUACAACGCGCCUGACUCGCCGUACUUUGCGUUUUUGCUCUCUACGCGUGCGGGUGGUCUUGGUCUGAACCUGCAGACGGCGGACACGGUCAUCAUCUACGACACUGACUGGAAUCCCCAUCAGGAUCUGCAGGCGCAGGAUCGAGCGCAUCGAAUCGGUCAGACGAAGGAAGUGCGAAUUUUCCGACUGAUCACGGAGGACUCUGUUGAGGAGAUGAUUCUCGAGCGUGCGCAUCAGAAGCUCGACAUCGACGGUAAGGUCAUCCAGGCCGGUAAGUUUGACAACAAGUCGACGGCGGAGGAGCAAGAGGCGUUUUUGCGCUCGCUGCUGGAAGCCGAGGAAGCCAAGAAAAACAAGCGGGACGACGACGACGACGAGCUCGACGACGACGAACUGAACGAGCUGCUGGCGCGAAAUGACCGCGAGGCGGCUAUUUUCCGCAAGAUCGACGGCGAGCGGCAGGCGACGUCGAUCUACGGCAAGGGCAAGGCCAAGGACAGGCUGUACUCUGUCAACGAGCUGCCGGAUAUCUACAAGACCGACAUGAUUGAAGAGAUCCUCGACCAGCAGAACGACGAAGGCGAGACCGGUCGCGGAGCGCGGAAGCGCAAGGUCGCGAGAUACGACGACGGCUUGACGGAGAAGCAGUGGCUCGACGCGCUCGAGGACGACGAGGACACGAUUGAGGAAGCGCUCGAGCGCGCGGCGAAGAAGGAGCGCAAACGUGGUCGGAAGCGCGGUCGAAAGUCGACAGCUGACGACUCUGAUGAUGAUUAGAGUAGACUUUCUUUUCCUUUCUUCUUCUUUCAACUAUAUAAUGUUCUUUUGAUCUGUUGUAUCUUUACAUCCCGUUCUUUUGCUUGUUUUUUUGUGUUUUUUUUUUCCUUUAUACUCUACAUUCUCUCUUUCUGUUGCACUGGCGCUCUUGAUUACAAAAUAGUCAAAAAGAGUGUGCCUUUUUUGUAUGAUAUCGUUUGUGGAAAAAAAUCUUUUAGCUAUAUUUUGUGUUGUGAAGUGGAUUGAGUCGGAGGUGAUGAAUAGAUUCGUUGACUACUACUUU